CUAAUACAAUAUAUAUUUAUUGUAUAGAAAUAUAAUGUACCAUUCUUUUCUAUCGCGUGCGCACUGCUGUCUCUUUAAAAGUCAAAAGCAUGACGUCAGGUGUUUUGACAGGAGGACAGAGAAACCGGAUCAGCUACUGACAACAACAACAAACACAAAGAUGUCCAGGAGAAUCGCGCGUCCCUGUCGCCGGUGAGAUGCCGGUAACGGCGCGGAGAGGUUGCGGUGGCGGGGGCGCGUGCUGCUGGCGCGUGUUGCUGCUCGCUGCCUCCGCGCUCGUGAUGCUGGCGGAGAGAGCGGCGCUGCUGUUCUGUGUUGGGUUCUACCUGUGGCAGAAUGAGCUUGGGUUGGCUGGACUGACCUUUGCCCUCUUGUUGCCGGGGUCCCUUGUGCAGGUGUUGAGUUUCAGGUGGUACAGGGCUGACGGAGACAAACGCAUAUGUCAAAAUGUCAUCAUACACACACUUCAUCUGGGCAUCUUUAAACGGUUGUGGGACUGCGGUGUGUGCGAGUGGACGGCUCAAGGCUCGUUGCAGUCACAUGCGCAGGAAGUGAUGCAGCAUGCGGAUGCGUCUGCUCUGCGUCUGUUGGAGGUCUUAUUGAUGACACUACCGCAGACGUUCCUGCAGACGUACAUGCUCACUGUUACUGGCUACGGCCUCUUCUCUCCAGUCACUCUGUGUGGUGGUGUGUGUUUGCUCUCGCUGUCCUGGGCGCUGGUGCUCUACAGCCGGGCAUGUUGUCUCAUUCGUCCAGGGCAUUUGCAGAUGCCACCAGCGGCUCUUCUGUGCCAGCUGCUGUGGAGGGCGGGCAUGUUAGCCGCCCGCUUCACCAGCCUCGCCCUGUUCACCCACACUUUCGGUUGUUGGGUCAUCGGGGUCAUGGCGUCUCAUUGGUUGAUCGCAUCGCUCUGGUUGGUCUGCCAGCAGACGGACAUAUAUGUGGGCCAGUGGUCAUGGCAUGUGUUUAACUUCAUUCUGGGAGGCGUGCACGUGUUUUUCUUUCUCAAUGUAAAGGACGGCCCCUCUCGAUUCCGGAUGGCAGGAUUCUACACGGUGAUGUUAUUGGAAAACGCUACACUGCUAAUGGCUGCUUCUGACUUCCUGACUGAUGCAUCAUGGGAUAGCCUUGCCAUCCCCACUGCUGUUCUUUCCAGCUUUCUACUCGGUCUGACCUCGCUGAUAUUAUACUAUCGAUUCCUGCAUCCCAAAUCCACUGAAAUCUCUCAGGGUUUGUGCCAACGUGGACACAUGAGCCGAGAGUGUCUUCAGCCGGUCGAUUCCACGUUCUCUCUGGGAGACAAAAGUCUUCCGUCCGCCCCUCUCCCUGUCCUCUUCCCUUCCUCUCACCCUUCUUUCUCUCUGUCCGGAAUUCCUGGCUCUCUGCUGGAGCAUCCUGGGAGCUGCGGUGUAAAACCGGAUGGCGAGUGCCAACACCAUCACUGGCUGUUGAUUCGUCUCGCCCUAAAAACCAGUGACCUUUCUAAAAUCAACGGGGCAUACGGAGCAGGGGGCGUUUCCGGGAUACUGGUGGCAGAUCAUAAGGGAGAGAUCGGAGAGGACGGGUGUGUGUCCACUUCCGAAAGCAGGGAUGAUACGAUGGCUCCGCUGUCCGACUGCAGGGAGGAGUUUCAGAGUGUCAGUGAAGCCAAGGAGGAAGAGGAGGAGGAUGAAGACGAGAGUCUAGAAAUGAAGAGUCCGUUGGAAUCGCCGGCUUCUGAGUGCAAGAGGAGCUCACCGGAGGUAAAGUCUGUGUUCGGGGACAGUCCUGAACCAAAUUACUGCCCUACCGAAUCCAGCUCAACCUUAUACUUCAGCGCCGACCCACAGUCGCCCAGCAGCUCCAGUAACCUGCGGCUGGAUCGCAAUACUCCCUUCAGUUUCGGUUCUGGUACUGCUCUGGAAACUUUAGAUGAGCUUAGCCCUAUUUCAAUAGAUGGUGGGCUGCACAGGGAUCUUGUAAGGGGGUUUCUGGGACGUGCCGGGCCCUGCUACACCUCCACACCCGGACUGAACGGACAGGGGCUUCCGGAGAGUUCGGUAGCCCACCUCAGAGGCCCGCGCAGACAGGUCGUUCUCUCAAGCAGGGGCCUGGAAGAGGAUGCAGGGUUUUAACCAUAUGAACUUAAGCUUUAAUUUACAAAAUGCAAGCCGAUGCAAGCCACUAUUGCCACCGAAAUGGAAUUGCAAAAGUAUAUAGUUUUCCGAAUACACCUCUGUUUGCCGUUGAUCGAACAAACAGAUAGUCCUCCCCCAACUCCGCCACUGGAUUCAGAUGUUGUUGUGUCGGGCCGCUCAAAACA